UGCUUCCAUUUCCAUCUCUCUCCUCGAGCUUCACUCUCUCUCUCUCUCUCUCUCUCUCUCUCUCGCCGUCGCUCCUCCUCUUCCGCGCACGCUUCAGCAGCCAACAGUCUCACCUCGCAUCGCCGUACGGCAUUGCCUUCUUCGCAUGCACGUCCUCGUAAACUCCCUUCCCUGAGCUCGGGAUCAAGCUCUCCCGCUUCACCUCCAUCAAGAAGAGGAAACAGAGCUCCCCCGCCGAUGGACGCCUGCCUAUCCGCGCCGCUUGCGGGGCCUCCCCCGCCGGCGGCGGAGCUGGGCCGCUACUACGCGCACCGGUCCAUCGAGACGCUGGUGGUGGUGCUGGCGGCGAUCUCCAUCCUCGGCGUGGUCGCCGGGAUCGUCGCCCGCCUGUGCGGGGGGAGGCACCUCGGGGGGAGCGGGGAGGACGACAUCGAGGGCUGGGUCGAGAGGCGGUGCAAGAGCUGCAUCGACGGCGGGCUUCCGCCGCCGGAGGCGAAGCCCGCGCCGGCGCCGGAGCAGGCGGAGAAGAAGUGAAGCGGGGGGGGGGGGGGGACUGCCGGGAGGACGGUGAGCUUUAGCCAUUUUCGUUUUUUUUUUUCGUGGUGAUUUUUAUUUUCUUUCUUAAGGGAGAUGGGAGGGGUAAAACCGUAAAAGGCGAGGGUACGGAGUGCUGCUAGUGAUCAGCAUUACGGUUUGAAAAUAUAUGUGAAUGGUGUUGCAGGGUUUUUGUUUGAACUGUAGCUCACUUAUUCUCUUCGCAAUUAGAGGUUCUCUAAUAUGUUUAACAAUACAAAAUAUUUAAUUUUACUUUUGGAAAUAACCAACUUCAUUUGGUGGUUUCUUGAUU